AGGGAGUAGAUACACCCCAGAGGAGGAGAGCGGACCUGCCCCGUAUCCAGCCCCUUCCUCGCGCAAGCCCUCCGAUCCCUUCCCCACUCCAGUCGGGGAACCGGGAGAUCCCAGCUUAGAGCCUCCUGGGCUUUGGCACACAGACACCGGCAGGACUCUGGUCGCGUAGGUGACCCCCACUCGGGAUCUCCAGGAUUUCGUGUUUUCCAACCCUGGGCAUUGCUGCGCAAGGAGUUCCAGACGCAGCUUCAGCACCAGGCGUAGGCUCAGCCACAUCCCCGACCCCAGCCGGCAGGACGUGCCCCUCGGUGCCAGCCCGGUGUUGGCCCCGGUCCCGGCCACCCCGGUAGCCCCAGCGUUGGUCCAAACAUGUCUAUGCAGUAUGAAAAUUUCCAGCAUUCGGAGACAGAGAAGCAAAGCCAGGGGUCUAGAAACGGGCCGCCUCCGCCUCUCCACCACCUGCAGGGGCUCUGCUCUAGCCCCCGGCCCUUCCUGCUCUCCCUGGGCAUCAGCCUCCUCCUGCUGGUUGGCAUCUGUGUGAUCGGAUCCCAGAAUUCCAAGUGUCAGAGGGACCUGGUGACCCUGGGAGCCACUUUCAGCAACUUCACCUCAAGCACUGUGGCCGAGCUCCAGGCCCUGAAUGCCCAGGGCGGCAGUUUGCAAGAAACGACAACGUCUCUGAAAGCCGAGGUGGAAAAUCACAAGCGGGAGCUGCAAGCAGCCCGCAGCCUGAACGACAAGGUGUUCGCCCUGGAGAGCAAGCUGGAGAAGGACCAGCGGCAGCUGCGAGCAGAUCAUUCCGAUACCCUCGCUCGAGUCCAGCAGCUGGCCGAGGACCUGAGGACCCUGACCUGCCAGGUGGCCGCUCUCAAGAGCAACGGCUCUCAAAGUACCUGCUGCCCGGUCAACUGGCUGGAGUUCGAGGGCAGCUGCUACUGGUUCUCGCGCUCCGGGAAGACCUGGCCGGAGGCCGAGAAGCACUGCCGGCUGGAGAACGCGCACCUGGUGGUCGUCAACUCCAGGGAGGAGCAGAACUUUGUGCAGGAACAUAUAGGCUCCUUACACGUCUGGAUGGGCCUCAGUGAUGCCGACGGAGUCUGGAAAUGGGUGGAUGGGACGGACUAUGCGACCAACUUCAAGAACUGGAGGCCGGGCCAGCCGGACGACUGGCAUGGGCACGGGCUGGGCGGGGGCGAGGACUGUGCCCACUUCCACCCCGACGGCUGGAACGAUGAUGUCUGCCAGAGACCCUACCGCUGGGUGUGCGAGGCCCGCCUGGGCGUGGCCGGCUAGCGCGGUGGCCGGGCGCUGCCCGCGGGCCACCCGGCCACCAAGCUGCAGGGAGUGGGAGGGGGCCUUCCCCUGAGACCCCUGAUAGGACCCCAUGGGACAGGACUGAGCCCUGGGAGUUUGGGUCACUGCCACCAUUUUGAAUGUUACCCUCCUUGGUGUUCAAAAGACCAUCUAGACUUCCUUCAGGUGUUUGUUUGUUUGUUUUAAUUUCAGCUUUACUGAGGUAUAAUCGACCCACCAAACUGCAA